AUGGCGCCGAGGAGCACGGGCCAAUCACCGUUCGGGCAGCCGGGCCAGCCACCGCUCGCGCAGUCGCGUCCGCUGCACCAGCCGUGCCAGCCGCCCGCGCAGCCGCGCCGGCCAUGGCAGCCGCCCGCGCAGUCGUGCCAGUCGACCACGCAGCCGCGCCGGCCGUGCCAGCCGCCCGCGAAGCCGCGCCAGCCGUGCCAGCCGCCCGCGCAGCCGCGCCAGCCGUGCCAGCCGGCCACGCAGUCGCGCCGGCCGUGCCAGCCGGCCACGCAGCCACGCCGGCCGUGCCAGCCGCCCGCGCAGCCGCGCCAGCCGUGCCAGCCGCCCGCGCAGCCGCGCCAGCCGUGCCAGCCGGCCACGCAGCCGCGCCGGCCGUGGCAGCCGCCCGCGCAGCCGCGCCAGCCGUGCCAGCCGCCCGCGCAGCCGCGCCAGCCGUGCCAGCCGCCCGCGCAGCCGCGCCAGCUGUGCCAGCCGGCCGCGCAGCCGCGCCAGCCGUGCCAGCCGGCCGCGCAGCCGCGCCAGCCGUGCCAGCCGGCCGCGCAGCCGCGCCAGCCGUGCCAGCCGGCCGCGCAGCCGCUCCAGCCGUGCCAGCCGGCCACGCAGCCGCGCCAGCCGUGCCAGCCGGCCGCGCAGCCGCGCCAGCCGUGCCAGCCGGCCGCGCAGCCGCGCCAGCCGUGCCAGCCGGCCGCGCAGCCGCGUCAGCCGUGCUAG